AUGCUGAAUUUCAUAAAUGAAGGUAAUGACAUCACCAAUGGUAUGGAGAUGAAACAAGCUCUUGAAAGUCAUGGAGGUAUAAGAAAUACAUACAUUUCCGUGGUGACAGUAGCAUCUGAAACACAACCAGUUUUGUAUGGACAGAUAAAGAACCUACAGAUUUCAAAAUUCAAUAAUUUCAGCUUUGAAGAUGAAGGCAUGAUAGCAUACAAGGCUUAUGGUAUUGAAGGUGAACUUGUAAAAGCAACAGAUAUGACAAGAAUAUCCAACAAGUUGAUGAUAUUUGAUACUAAUUUGACAAUUGGAGAUCCAAAACAACCAGAAGAAAAACCAGCUUCCAAAAAAGCUAUUAAGCAGAAUUCUACUUUCCCAUGCUUUGAACCAGAUUGCCUUUUAGUAUUCAAGAAAGAAGACCAAUUAAUAACACACAUUUCCAUUGGUAAACAUGUAUUUGACAAUGAAAAAAUUGAUAAUAUUUCCGAUACAUGUAAAAGGCUAUGGUAUUCUAAAUGUCACGAUAUUAGAUUUUUAAAUAAACCUUUGAUGUCUACUGUUGGGUCAGAACAAAUGCAAGUUCAAACUAAUAACAAUUACAGUCAGGCUCCUGGUUAUGCAUUGAAAAAGAGGAAAAAGGCAGUCAGAUUUUCACCCAAAGUGAAGGAGUAUUUGAUUGUGUUAUUCAAUGUUGGGGAAGAGUCGGGGAAAAAACCUAGUCCAUAUACAGUUUCCAAACAAAUGAGAAAUGAGACAGAUUUGCAAGGAGAUAGAAUAUUCUCACCAUCUGAGUGGCUUUCCCAUCAGCAAAUUAGAAGUUUCUUUGGAAACCUGUGCAUGAAAAAACAGACAGUGGACAAAUCUAAAGAUAAAUCUGUCAAGCUUGUCAAAAUUGAAGAUAACCAAGAAGAUGAUGAAGACCUUCAAAAUGUUCUUAGCAGUUUAGAGGCAAAUGAACACAAUACUAUUUUGUCUGAAAUUGUUUCUGUAUUGACUGUUUAGGUUAUUGAUCAUACAUGUACCUUUGAAAUUGUUUUCAUCAUCAUUGACCUGUUAAUUGAGAAUUAUUUUAACAAUUGAUAUGAGAUAUAUUACAUUGAAAUUUAAGUAAACUCUUAGACUGUUCGAAAAAAAAACAUUUUUGGAAGAGUUAUGGAACUUUGACCAUACUAUAUUAAUUAUAAUACAACCAUGACACCUUGAUUCUUAUCAAUUAUGACAAUAGUAAUGAAUACCUCUAAAUAUCAUAUA